ACUGGUGACCCAGCUGGGUCACCCGUGAUACCAGCCAGUAUUCGACGUUCAUCAAUGUCUGAGGAUUUCGGGAGACAAUGUGGAAACCGGCCACGAGGGGUAACAGUCAGCGAGGUUACCUUCAAGAGGAAGAAGGAUCCUGAGGUCUUUCAGACAGUCAGUGAUGGCCUCAAGAAGCUCUACAAAACCAAGCUGUUACCCUUGGAGGAACACUACAAAUUCCACGAGUUCCACUCGCCCGCCUUAGAGGAUGCCGACUUCGACAAAAAGCCCAUGGUUCUCCUUGUGGGGCAGUAUUCCACUGGAAAGACCAGCUUCAUACGAUACCUGUUGGAGCAGGAUUUCCCUGGAAUGCGGAUUGGGCCGGAGCCCACAACAGACUCCUUCAUUGCAGUGAUGCAUGGAGACACGGAGGGGGUGAUCCCUGGCAACGCCCUAGUUGUCGACCCCAAGAAACCCUUUAGGAAGCUCAACUCCUUCGGAAAUGCCUUUCUCAACAGGUUUGUGUGUGCCCAGCUUCCCAACCCUGUUCUCGAGAGCAUCAGUGUGAUAGAUACUCCUGGUAUCCUGUCUGGAGAGAAGCAGAGGAUCAGCAGAGGCUAUGACUUCGCAGCCGUUUUAGAGUGGUUCGCAGAACGCGUGGACCGCAUCAUCCUCCUGUUCGACGCCCACAAGCUAGACAUCUCAGACGAGUUCUCGGAGGUCAUCAAGGCCCUGAAGAACCACGAAGACAAGAUCCGGGUGGUUCUUAACAAGGCUGACCAGAUCGAGACCCAGCAGCUGAUGAGGGUUUAUGGCGCCCUCAUGUGGUCGCUGGGGAAGAUCGUCAACACGCCCGAGGUCAUCCGUGUCUAUAUCGGGUCGUUCUGGUCACACCCAUUGCUCAUCCCUGACAACCGUAAACUGUUUGAGGCGGAGGAGCAGGACCUGUUCAAGGACAUCCAGUCACUGCCCCGCAACGCUGCCCUCAGGAAGCUCAACGACCUCAUCAAGAGGGCACGGCUCGCUAAGGUCCAUGCCUACAUCAUCAGCUCUCUGAAGAAGGAGAUGCCAAGUGUGUUUGGAAAGGAGGGCAAGAAGAAGGAGCUGAUCAACAGCCUGGGAGAGAUCUACAGCCGGAUUGAGAGAGAACACCAGAUCUCCCCUGGAGACUUCCCCAACCUCAAGAAGAUGCAGGAGCAACUGAACGCCCAUGACCUGAACAAGUUCCAGCCCCUGAAGAUGAAACUGCUGGACACAGUGGAUGACAUGCUGGCCCACGACAUCGCCAGCCUCAUGGUGCUGGUCAGGCAGGAGGAGACCAACCGACCCCAGCAAGUGGUGAAGGGAGGGGCCUUUGACGGUACCCUCAACGGGCCCUUUGGCCAUGGCUACGGAGAGGGUGCUGGAGAGGGCAUCGAUGAGGCAGAGUGGGUGGUGGCCCGUGACAAGCCAAUGUACGACGAGAUCUUCUACACGCUGUCGCCGGUCAAUGGGAAAGUGACGGGUGCCAACGCCAAGAAGGAGAUGGUGAAGUCCAAGCUGCCCAACACUGUGUUAGGGAAGAUUUGGAAGCUGGCCGACAUCGAUAAGGAUGGGAUGCUGGAUGAUGAGGAGUUUGCCCUGGCCAAUCACCUGAUUAAAGUCAAACUGGAGGGGCACGAGUUGCCCGCCGACCUCCCCGGUCACCUCAUCCCCCCCUCCAAGAGGAAAAUCCCUGCUGAGUAGACCCACCCCUGCAUCCUCACUUCCACAGGGCACUGAAGAAGAAAGGGAGUUGGUAGGAGGAAGGGCAGGGAAUGAUCUUUGGGGGGUGCAGGGGUAAAUUCCUCAAGGUUGGACAACCACGCUUCAACAUGAAACAAAGAAAAGUUUCAACUUUGUGGUCAUGCUUAGAGAGAGCAAAAAGAUUGAAAUUGUUGGCUUGCUCAUCUGACCUAUGUAUGAUUUUGUUUUGUUUCUUUUUUUGAUUAAACUGAGUUGAAGGGGGUAAAGGUCAUGGUUCAGAGUUGGGGGAACUGAUAUUGGACUCUUACUGACUGUACCACCUGCAUGCCAUAUUAUUAAACACCCCCACUUAGUGUGCUAUCUGUGACAAUAACCUGCAUCACCAUUGGAUACAUGAACCCUGUCUGUUUCUCAAGCAUAAAGGAUUUUGUAUUUUAUUUGAACCUACGUCAUAUCUCCCUUGGCAUAAAAUAGGCAUGUUUCAAAAAGGAUCAACUUAAUCUUAAUAAUCUUUAUUACUUAUCAUCUUUAAAAUACAAUAAUGGCUCAAAUGCAGUGAAAUGAAUCAUUUUUUUUAAAUAAAUAGACAUAUUCUAUUUUCUUCUUGUGAACAGGCGGCAUCCUAAACAUGCAGGCCCUUCGUAGCCUGACCAAGAGACUGUUACAACUGUAUGGCUAUCAUGUCGGAAAUCUGAGUUGGUAGACCUUUAAAUGUAUAAUGUUUUGAAAGUGCUUUCUAGUAACUUGUAUCCCUGUCCAAUGUUUGUAUGUUUAUACCUGCAUAUUUAACCUAUUAUUUAGAAUACUUCACUGUUGAGGGAAAGAGACUUCAAUCUUUCCUUAGGUAAACAGUGCUCACUGAAUGCAUAACUUUUAGGUUUUAAAUCAGCACUUUCAUUACAUUUCAUUCAAUUAUUGUACUCAGAUCGCUUCCCUCAAUACUGUAGAUAGCACAAAAAAUAGUUACAUUCUUCCUAUACUGUGACUUUCAAUGUUCAUCAUAGAGUGUAUGUCUACCAUAGAGACUAGGUUCUAUAUUUUAUGAUAUCCACUAGUGUUGUGGUUGAGACCACUUCUGGAUAUGAUCCACCAUAAAGAAUAUAUCAUAAUCCAAAUACCCCGUGUUUGUGUACCUGAUUGGUCAGAAACAGAAAUUGAAUAGGUCAAAUAUAUAUGGGUAUUUUAUAUAGAAAAGGCCCCCUAAUUGCGUGUUCAGGGCAAGUUUAAUUUCGUAGCUUCAGUAAUACUGGCGGUUAUUACUGGGACCAUGUUGGGGGAACACUGGUCUGAAAGGAGUUCUUAGGGGCAAAUGAUAUGUUGAGAGAAUAUACAGCACACAGUAUGAAAGGGCUCUAUUCAAUCCGUAGCACUGAAGAUCCGCUUUAUAGAGCGAUUGACAAUUAAAGACAAUGUUCCCGUGGUCGCGGAGACUGCAUUCACGGUAAACACUGCGUAUAUCGACUCAAUCCGAAUGAGAGUUUCUCCCACUAUACACAAGGGUAAGUUUCUUUCCCUGGCUGAUAUGACUGAUACUAUUUUCUCCCACUGUCUGUUGCUGCUGACAGUACGCUAGGUAUCCUGUUGUCAUCAAUCUGUUGCUGCUGACAGUACGCUAGGUAUCCUGUUGUCAUCAAUCUGUUGCUGCUGACAGUACGCUAGGUAUCCUGUUGUCAUCAGUCUGUUGCUGCUGACAGUACGCUAGGUAUCCUGUUGUCAUCAAUCUGUUGCUGCUGACAGUACGCUAGGUAUCCUGUUGUCAUCAGUCUGUUGCUGCUGACAGUACGCUAGGUAUCCUGUUGUCAUCAAUCUGUUGCUGCUGACAGUACGCUAGGUAUCCUGUUGUCAUCAAUCUGUUGCUGCUGACAGUACGCUAGGUAUCCUGUUGUCAUCAGUCUGUUGCUGCUGACAGUACGCUAGGUAUCCUGUUGUCAUCAAUCUGUUGCUGCUGACAGUACGCUAGGUAUCCUGUUGUCAUCAGUCUGUUGCUGCUGACAGUACGCUAGGUAUCCUGUUGUCAUCAAUCUGUUGCUGCUGACAGUACGCUAGGUAUCCUGUUGUCAUCAAUCUGUUGCUGCUGACAGUACGCUAGGUAUCCUGUUGUCAUCAGUCUGUUGCUGCUGACAGUACGCUAGGUAUCCUGUUGUCAUCAAUCUGUUGCUGCUGACAGUACGCUAGGUAUCCUGUUGUCAUCAGUCUGUUGCUGCUGACAGUACGCUAGGUAUCCUGUUGUCAUCAAUCUGUUGCUGCUGACAGGACGCUAGGUAUCCUGUUGUCAUCAGUCUGUUGCUGCUGACAGUACGCUAGGUAUCCUGUUGUCAUCAAUCUGUUGCUGCUGACAGUACGCUCGGUAUCCUGUUGUCAUCAAUCUGUUGCUGCUGACAGUACGCUAGGUAUCCUGUUGUCAUCAGUCUGUUGCUGCUGACAGUACGCUAGGUAUCCUGUUGUCAUCAGUCUGUUGCUGCUGACAGUACGCUAGGUAUCCUGUUGUCAUCAGUCUGUUGCUGCUGACAGGACGCUAGGUAUCCUGUUGUCAUCAAUAUGUUGCUGCUGACAGUACGCUAGGUAUCCUGUUGUCAUCAAUAUGUUGCUGCUGACAGUACGCUAGGUAUCCUGUUGUCAUCAAUCUGUUGCUGCUGACAGUACGCUAGGUAUCCUGUUGUCAUCAGUCUGUUGCUGCUGACAGUACGCUAGGUAUCCUGUUGUCAUCAAUCUGUUGCUGCUGACAGGACGCUAGGUAUCCUGUUGUCAUCAGUCUGUUGCUGCUGACAGUACGCUAGGUAUCCUGUUGUCAUCAGUCUGUUGCUGCUGACAGUACGCUAGGUAUCCUGUUGUCAUCAAUCUGUUGCUGCUGACAGUACGCUAGGUAUCCUGUUGUCAUCAGUCUGUUGCUGCUGACAGUACGCUCGGUAUCCUGUUGUCAUCAAUCUGUUGCUGCUGACAGUACGCUCGGUAUCCUGUUGUCAUCAAUCUGUUGCUGCUGACAGUACGCUAGGUAUCCUGUUGUCAUCAGUCUGUUGCUGCUGACAGUACGCUAGGUAUCCUGUUGUCAUCAAUCUGUUGCUGCUGACAGUACGCUAGGUAUCCUGUUGUCAUCAAUCUGUUGCUGCUGACAGUACGCUAGGUAUCCUGUUGUCAUCAGUCUGUUGCUGCUGACAGUACGCUAGGUAUCCUGUUGUCAUCAAUCUGUUGCUGCUGACAGUAUGCUAGGUAUCCUGUUGUCAUCAAUCUGUUGCUGCUGACAGUACGCUAGGUAUCCUGUUGUCAUCAAUCUGUUGCUGCUGACAGUACGCUAGGUAUCCUGUUGUCAUCAAUCUGUUGCUGCUGACAGUACGCUAGGUAUCCUGUUGUCAUCAAUCUGUUGCUGCUGACAGUACGCUAGGUAUCCUGUUGUCAUCAGUCUGUUGCUGCUGACAGUACGCUAGGUAUCCUGUUGUCAUCAAUCUGUUGCUGCUGACAGUACGCUAGGUAUCCUGUUGUCAUCAAUCUGUUGCUGCUGACAGUACGCUAGGUAUCCUGUUGUCAUCAAUCUGUUGCUGCUGACAGUACGCUAGGUAUCCUGUUGUCAUCAGUCUGUUGCUGCUGACAGUACGCUAGGUAUCCUGUUGUCAUCAAUCUGUUGCUGCUGACAGUACGCUAGGUAUCCUGUUGUCAUCAAUCUGUUGCUGCUGACAGUACGCUAGGUAUCCUGUUGUCAUCAGUCUGUUGCUGCUGACAGUACGCUAGGUAUCCUGUUGUCAUCAAUCUGUUGCUGCUGACAGUACGCUAGGUAUCCUGUUGUAAUCAAUCUGUUGCUGCUGACAGUACGCUAGGUAUCCUGUUGUCAUCAGUCUGUUGCUGCUGACAGUACGCUAGGUAUCCUGUUGUCAUCAGUCUGUUGCUGCUGACAGGACGCUAGGUAUCCUGUUGUCAUCAAUCUGUUGCUGCUGACAGUACGCUAGGUAUCCUGUUGUCAUCAAUAUGUUGCUGCUGACAGGACGCUAGGUAUCCUGUUGUCAUCAAUAUGUUGCUGCUGACAGGACGCUAGGUAUCCUGUUGUCAUCAAUAUGUUGCUGCUGACAGUACGCUAGGUAUCCUGUUGUCAUCAAUAUGUUGCUGCUGACAGUACGCUAGGUAUCCUGUUGUCAUCAAUAUGUUGCUGCUGACAGUACGCCAGGUAUCCUGUUGUCAUCAAUAUGUUGCUGCUGACCGUAUGCUCGGUAUCCUGUUGUCGGCAAUUUGAGUAGAUGUUGCAAAUGAUACGGUAGCCAAUAAAGGCGAUCGAGCCAAGCAUUUUUCAUUCUGCUUCCUGUUUUUGUUUUGAUUAACUUCAGUAAGACUAUUUUAUCUCCUGAGACAGUCCCUUUCCAGAUGUCAGGGAGCUAUGAAUCUACAUGGACACAAAUCAGAUGACUGUUUUCAUGCACGCCAAUUAAAGGGAUGUAUUUUGAGUCCGAUUGCAGCUUCUGAUUGUAUCGCACCUCACAUGUGCUCAACAGUUAUGCUUCACAUGUACACAACCCAUUCAAUGAUAACUACAUACACUGGAUGCCUGCUCUGUGUUCAUCACAAUGACUGUAAAUCCAUUGUACAGCCCCUUGUAAAUGAGAACACACAGUCUUCCCUGUCUAGCUGGUGGAGAAUACUCAGACAGCUGCUGGGGUGGCACUCGCUGAUCUAUAGGCUAAUGUGGUGUAUCACAAGUGGAGCUGUCGGUGAUGUUUGUGCAGUCACCUCUCUGAGCCAUGAAUAUAGAGAGUUAGAAGGAGUGUGUGCCAUGGGCAAAUGUAAAGGGGUGUCCUGGGAUAUGGAUCUUUUCAUUCAGUUGUAUUAUUCAUGAUUAACAAUGAGCGGUCUACUUGGUAAACCACAGUACCCUGCGUGUGUCUGUCUGUACCAUAUGUGCGUGUGUGAUUAACAGACUUGCAGAAAACCAGUAGCCAUGUUCAUGUGUAUGUUCUUCUAUGUAACUGUUCUCCAGUUUGUGGGAAGUUGGAUGGUGAAACAUUCCGCAUAUUAUGUUCUGCUUUGAAAACGAAAUAAAGCUCAUUCAUUUAUUACAGAG